AUGCCUAAAAAGACUCCCAAAAUUUACAAAAAUUACUCUGAGGAAAAUUUGGAAAAGGCAGUUGAGGCAAUUAGACUAGGCCAGAUGUCUUACAGGAAAGCCUGUGAUACUUUUGGAGUUCCCAAGACAACAGUUUUGAAUAGGGUGAAUGGCGAUGUUGUUGACAAUGGUGACGGGAUCAGGGCAGGCAGAAAAACUGCACUUCCGCAGGUUGUGGAAAAUCAGAUAGUGGAGGCCUGCAUAAGAGCUGCUGAAAUGGGCUUUGGCAUCUCCAAAGAACAACUCAUUUUGAAGGUUUCAAGGUUUUGCAAGUCUCUUAACUUGAAUGUCUUCAAAAACAACAUCCCCAGUGAUGAUUGGUGGAGGGGAUUUCAUUCACGGCAUCCUGAGAUUUCAAUACGGAAGCCGGAGCCUCUGUCCACUAUGCGCUCAAGAAUGAUGAACAGAGUGGUUGUCUCUAAUUAUUUUUCUGAUCUGCUGGUACUUAUUUCCGACAACAACCUUACUCCUGAUGUGAUCUGGAACAUGGAUGAAACGGGAAAACAGUUUGAACACCGCCCAACCUCUGUUGUUGCCAGGAAGGGAGCCAGGUCCAUUCCAGGGAGGACAGGCAACUCCAAGGAGAAUAUUAGCAUUCUUGCCUGUGUCAAUGCUGUGGGUGAUGUCCUACCACCAAUGUGUAUUGUUAAAGGGAAGACACCACGGUGCCUGGAGAGUUUUUCCACGCUGGACUCUCCAGCUGGCACUCUAUGGACCUAUCAGGAAAGGGCCUGGAUGUGUGACAUCCUGGGACAGAUGUGGUUUUCACAGGUAUUUCUCCAAAACAUUGGUCCUAAACGUCCACAACUGUUGAUUCUUGACUCCCACUCUUCCCAUGAGGUCUUGGGUCUUCUUCAGGAGGCAGUCAGAGAAAACAUCAUCAUUCUGGCCAUGCCUCCCCACACAUCUCACCAUCUUCAGCCUUUGGAUAAGUGCGUCUUUGGACCAUUUUCUCGUGCUUAUGACAAAGCCUGUACCAACUUGCUGACUCAGCAUCCAGACCUUGUCAUCAACAAGACAACAUGGCCCAGGGUAUUUAGCACAGCCUGGAUCGCAGCCUUCACCAAAGACAAUAUUGUCAAUGGUUUCAAGGCAACGGGAAUAUGGCCACCAAAUCCAUCUGCCAUCCCAGAGAGUGCCUUUGCUCCUUCUCUUGCUUAUGACACACCACAAGAUACCCCUUCCAUCCCAUUUCCUUCUUCUUCAGAUUUGCCAGCAUUACCUGAGGAAUCUUGUACCUUGGUGACAGAGCCUAUCAUACCCACAAGCACUCCAGUUUCUUUAGAAGACUCCAAUUCUGACCUUAAUUUGUCUCUCCUAGCAGAUGCUGCUGCAAUUCAUCCUGAGGUUGGUGCUGAUGCUCCUGACAUUGGUAUUCCUCUGCCUGAUGUUCUUUCCCUCCUCACCUCUUUAGGGAAUGGUAAUCUGGUCCUCAAAGAGGAAGAUCCACAACCAUCUGCCUGGGAUGCAGAAGUUGAAAGCAUCUUUGCAAUUCCUCCUGCAGAAUCCAAAAAGUCAAAGAAUGUUAAAAGCAAAUCACUUACAUCACAUCGGCUAUUGACAAGUGAAGAGAUAAUUGAAAGCAAGAGAAUGAAAUUAGCUGAAAAGGAAAGAAAAGAGAAGCAGAGAGCAGAGAGGCAGAUGAAAGUAAAGAAAAGUUAA